AUGAGUUUUAUUACAUUUGAACCUCAAUCGACAUCAACACCAAAAAAAAUCAGUACAAUACAUAUUCCAAAUUUAUGCUCGACUCCACGACGUGUACAUGUUCGUUAUUCAUUAUCAAAAUGUGUACCAUUACCUAUUGACUCAUCAACACCGAAUUCAAGAAAAACUAGAAAAUCUUUUGCACCUGAUAUUCAUCAUUUAAUUUAUCCAUCUAAUAUUACAUCAACACAUACAAUUAAAGUUUGGGUCUUAUAA